AUGUCAGCUCUUACUUUCAGCAAACCUUCUGAAGAUGAAUCUCAAUAUGGUAAGAAUGAUGAUAAUGGUGAUAAAGUUCCUGAAAGUGAAGUCACAGAUGAUGACAGUCAUGAUGAUAAUGACAGGAUCGAUGACAGCGACGACGACCAUGACGAAAACGAUGAUGAUACUGAUAGUUAUGACGAUUAUGAUAAUUAUGAUAACUAUGGUCAUAAUAGUUAUGAUGGGGAUGAUGAUAAUUUUCCUAAUGAUACUGAUUAUUACAAUGAUAAUAUUGAUGAUGAUAAUGACCGUGAUAAUGAUAAUAAAACUAUGAUGGAUGAGUACAAUGUGAUGAAUAAUAAAAUUGUGGAUGCUGAUAAUGAUAGUGAUGAUUUCUUUCUGAGAUGGGAGGAAUCUUUCAAUGAUAAAAUGGAAACAAUUUAA